CAGACGGAGCGUCAGUGACUCACCUGAGGCCGUGCCGCUGUUGAGUGGAGAGGCUGAGAUUUGGAUGCUAAGGAUGCGGACCACGCGCAAGGUGUCCGUCUGGCCGGUGGGCCUCGUUGGCGGGCGGCGCUACGAACGACCGGUGGUGGAAAACGGCAAAGUGGUCGGCUGGUACACUGGCUGGAGAGCGGACAGGCCUUUCGCCAUCGACAUGGCAGGAUUUGCUGUAAGUCUUCAAGUCAUCUUGUCCAAUCCAAAAGCUGUAUUUAAGCGUCGAGGGUCCCAGCCAGGGAUGCAAGAAUCCGACUUUCUGAAACAGAUAACCACCGUGGAAGAGCUGGAGCCGAAAGCAAGCAACUGCACCAAGGUCCUCGUGUGGCACACGCGGACAGAGAAGGUCAACCUGGCCAACGAGCCCAAGUACCGCCUGGACUCCGUGAACAUCGAGGUGUAGGCGCGGCGGCGGGACUUCCAGGUUCGCUGGAAGGUUCCGUGCGUCACUCUAGGUGACACUGCAGAAUGCCACUCGAGUGUCUUACACACUUCUUUCCCCAUUCGGCC